AUGAAUUCUUUCUUUCUUUUUUGGUUCUUUUUCCUUUUUCUUUCUCUGAUUUCUCUGUUUAGAAAUCCGACUUUGUCCUUCUUUAAAUCGUUCAUACGUUCUUUAUUUCCAUCUAUCAUUUUUUCUUUCUUUUUUACUUUCUUUCUUUUACUUUCCCUCUUUCUUUCCUUCUCUCUUUUACUAUCCAUCUUUUUCCUUUCUUUCUUUUUCUUUCUUUCUUUUCCUUUCUUUCUUUUCCUUUCUUUCUUUCUUUUUCUUUCUUUCUUUUCUUUUUUACUUUCCGUCUUUUCUUUUUUUGCUUUUUCUUUCUUUCUUUUUCUUUUUACUAUCCUCUUUUUUUUUUUUUUACUAUCCCUUUUUUUUUUUUUUUUCUUUUCUUUCUUUCUUUUUCUUUCUUUCUUUUUCUUUCUUUUUUUUACUAUCCUCUUUUCUUUUUUUUUUUUUUUUUUUUUUACUUUCUUUCUUCUUUCUUUCUUUCUUUCUUUUUUUUUUUCUUCUACUAUCCCUCUUUCUUUCUUUCUUUCUUUUACUAUCCCUCUUUCUUUCUUUCUUUUCUUUCUUUCUUUCUUUCUUCUACUAUCCCUCUUUCUUUCUUUCUUUCUUCUACUAUCCCUCUUUCUUUCUUUCUUUCUUUUUGCUUUAUCCUUGCAUUCCUUCCUUCUUGUUCCUUCCUUGUUUUUUUUUCUUUUUGAACCCACUAACACGUUCCGGUAUUUCUCUCUCUCUUUCUUUCUUCUCUUCCUUCAGAAACCCUCUAACAAUUUCUAUCUUUUUCUCUUUUAUUCUUUCUUAUUUUUCCACAGACACCUACUAACACGUUCCAGUUCUUCUCUCUCUUUUUCUUUCAUCUUUUCUUUCAGACACCCUCCAACACAUUCUAGUCUUUUUCUCUCUUUUUCUUCUCUCCUUUCCAUCAGGCACCCUCUAACACGUCCUAGUGUUUUUCUCUCUUUUUUCUUCUUCUUUUCCUUCAGACACCCUUCAACACAUUCUAGUUUUUCUCUCUCUUUUUUUCUUUUCCUUCAGACACCCUCUUACACACACCCUCUAACGCGGUCUAGUCUUUCUCUUUCUUUUUCUUUCUUUUCCUUCAGACACCUUAUAACACGUUCUAGUCUUUCUUUUUCUUUUUCUUUUUUUCCCUUCAGACACCGUCUAACAUGUUCUAGUCUUUCUCUUUCUUUUUCUUUCUUUUCCUUCAGACACCCUUUAACGCGUUCUAGUCUUUCUCUUUCUUUUUCUUUCUUUUCCUUCAGACACCCUCUAAUGCGUUCUAGUCUUUCUCUUUCUUUUUCUUUUUUUUCCCUCAGACACCGUCUAACACGUUCAAGUCUUUCUCUUUCUUUUUCUUUCUUUUCCUUCAGACACCCUCUAACGCGUUCCAACACCCUUCAACACGUACUAGUCUUUUUCUCUCUUUUUCUUUUCCUUCAGACACCCUCUUACACACACCGUCUAACACGUUUUAGUCUUUUUCUCUCUUAUUCUUUAUUUCUUUUCUUUCAGACACCUUCUAACGCGUUCUAUCUUUCUCUUUCUUUUUCUUUCUUUUCCUUCAGACACAGUCUAACGCGUUCUAGUAUUUCUCUUUCUUUUUCUUUCGUUUCCUUCAGACACCAUCUAACACGUUCUAGUCUUUCUCUUUCUUUUUCUUUCUUUUCCUUCAGACACAGUCUAACGCGUUCUAGUAUUUCUCUUUCUUUUUCUUUCGUUUCCUUCAGACACCAUCUAACACGUUCUAGUCUUUCUCUUUCUUUUUCUUUCUUUUCCUUCAGAAACAGUCUAACGCGUUCUGGCCUUUCUCUUUCUUUUUCUUUCUUUUCCUUCAGACACCGUCUAACACAGUCUUUCUCUUUCUUUUUUUUUCCUUUUUCUAACUCUUUCUCUUUCUUUUUCUUUCUUUUCCUUCAGACACCACUAACGCGUUCUAGUCUUUCUCUUUCGUUUUCUUUCUUUUUCUUCAGACACCUUUAG